AUGGCUCCUGUCAGAGUCGCAAUAAUAGGCUUAUCUCAAUCCGCCAAAACUUCAUGGGCGAGUGUCGCCCACCUUCCGUAUCUCCUCUCAGAUCGUGGUCGUGAAAGAUACCAAAUCAAAGCUCUGCUAAACUCAAGCGUUGAAGCUGCACAGCGCGCAAUUGAAUUCUACAAGCUGCCAUCCAAUACAAAGGCAUAUGGAUCGCCGGCUGAGCUUGCUGCAGACAAGGAUAUCGACCUAGUCGUAUGUACAACAAGAGUCGAUGUUCACUACGACACCAUUAAGCCCAGUGUUGAAGCGGGCAAAGCAGUCUUUGUGGAGUGGCCAUUGGCAGAGAACGCCAUGCGCGCGGAAGAACUCUCCAAGCUUGCGAAGCAGAGCGGCUCGGAGACUAUCAUCGGCUUGCAAGCUCGAGUUGCUCCCGCCGUUGCUACGCUGAAGAAUUUGUUGCAUGGCGGCGAGCUGGGUAAAGUACUGAGCAGCUCCGUGCAGGCCUUCACUCCUAUGGGUAACCGGUCUUCCAUCUCAGAGGGUCUUGGAUAUUUCUUGGAUAAGAAAGUUGGUGGAAAUCCGAUCACUAUCGCAUUUGGCCAUAUGAUUGACUUUGUGCAUUCCGCGCUUGGGGAGUACGUGACGUCGAACUCACAUGUGCAGAUACAGCGUCCACACCAGAGAAUCGUCAAUCGGAAAACUGGCGACGAAAGACCUUAUAUUUCUGAUGUUCCAGAUCUGGUAUCCGUCCACGGAACGUUGCAGAGCUCAUCAAUUGUGGCAGCAGGCGCUAGCUUGCUCUUCAAUUUCAGGACAGGGCCACCAUUUCCCGGCACUGUCCCAUUCACCUGGGACAUUAGCUGUGAGAAAGGGGAGAUUCGCGUCUCCAGCGAGAGAGGCCCAUUUCUACAGUCCGAGUCCAAUAUGCACCCGAUCCUGAUUGAAGCACUGAGCUUCUCGGAUGGUAAAGUCUCCAGAUUUGACUGGCAGUGGGAAGACUGGCAAGAAGACCUUCCCGCUCGUGGGAGGAGCGUUGCUAAGCUGUACGAUCUCUACGCUGGGGGUCUUUUAGCACGAGACGAAUGUGCGACUUUUGAGUCUGCUGUGGUGAGACAUAGGCAGUUGGAUAAGAUAUUAUAUGGUUGA